AUGCUGAUCAAGUCGGUUGUGUUAUUUUUCAUCUGUACCGCUUUUAUGGUGGAAGCCGAGAAGAGGCAGAUCCUCUUGAAGGGCCGAGUGCACUGUGCGAACAAUCGGAAUUAUCGGGAGAUGACGGUCCUGGUUGUGGAUACUAUCAACAAAAUCAUGUUCAAGUAGGUUUUGGGAGGAUUUUUUUUAUUUUUGAUAUUUUUUCCGUCUAAAAUACGGCUAAAAAUGAGUCAUUUCUAAAUUUUUCCUCUCAUUUCAACCUGCAGAAUCUCAAAUACGCUCUAAAACUUCUAAAAUCCGCUCAAAAAUCCAAAAAUCAAAUCUCUUUUUCAGGCCAAUCAUGCCGGCGCCCAGUGGAUUCUUCCAAAUUUUGGUCAUGGCCGAUCCGACCAGCUUCUCCCCGGUCCUUUUCAUCAACCAUCGAUGUGAUUCCGCGACUCCCCGACGAAUCAUCACCAAGCCUUUUAUUCAAGGCUCUCCGCAGGUCUAUUAUACGCGUCAUGACAUUGAACUGGACUAG